GUGUGAUACUACUACACAACCUUGGAACUACUUCGUACCGAACUUCCCAACCAUACCCUCACGUACCUCCGUUGCGCAUGUUGCCCGACCAUCGAAUAUUCGCCUCAUCCAUUAGUUUCUAGGUUGGUUGUAGAUGUUUUUCGUGAUGAUCGUACAAUCUGAUACUGCGUAACCUUAUCGCAGUUCGAAGUUCCGAUUAUCAUCUUUUCUUAUCCGUUCCGUCUUUACUUUAACUAUUCAACUAUUCAACUAUUCUAUCUCCAAGCAUCCUUUCCAAAUCCAACGCUUUUGAUCGAUCACUACCCGUUCAAGCCGAGAUACAAUCCCAAAUGACUAUACUGCCAUUAGUCGUUAGAAUCGAGUGAUCGAAUUUGUGUCGAUAAACACUUUGCACGGCGAUUCCACAUUCGCUUCUGUCCCGUUUGUACCAUAUGUCAUGACGCGAGAAGACAAUCGGCCGACGGACAAUGGUCCUGGCCACCAUAGUCUCGAGGAUGAUGUAUUAGCUGCAUUAUGGGAACAAGUCCCUUUCCCGCGCUUACCUCCAGACGCGCCGCCCGAGAUAAAGGAUCUUGUCAUCAAUGUCGAAAACCCCAAAAGGGUUUACGCUAUCUAUCGCGCCAGCCGCCGCCAUGAUCUACAGCUGCUAAUUGAGAAGUUCAUUGUCCAGCUGCGCUAUGGAUGUGGCUUCAGCGCCUGUACCACCGCAUCGUGUUUUAGUUGUCGAAAACGACUCGCUGGCAAGACCCCCAUCCGCCGAUACAACCCUACCAGCGCAAGGACCCUAGCCGUAUUUCUCGCCAGUCAAGAUGACGCCGACGGUCGACUUUGUCCGCACCUUAACUCCCCGGCCGGCCCGAGUGACGCGAUGAAGUCGUUGAUAUUUGGUCCGAGAUACACGACAUCCCCUAACGAUAAAGCCAACUCAGCUUAUAACGGCCCGGGGUCUAUGGCAAAAUCUGCUAAAGGGACACCAGGGCGCGUGGCGUCAAAAAGAGCACAGGCAUCAUCACCAAAUAACCCACCUACGGUCCAGGCGAUCAGGAGGAGGGGCGAUCAGAGCUGCAGUAAGGAAUCUAGGGAUACUGCAAAGGCCGAGGCAUCGUCGUCACCCACUACGGCACGUGAAAUAAGUAUCACUGAAAAAUCUGUUAGCAAAGAUUACCGCUCAUUUGCUGCGAAUGUCUUUGGGACUGUUGCGUUCAGAAUGCUGGAGUGGUUAACACCUAACAAUAUGGAAGCUAUGUCUGAGAAGGUUAAAAUGGUCGGGGACACUGCAGAGGUUGCCGAGGGUUCUCAGACGAUCUCACCUCGACUAGACGAUCAGAGUGAAACAACAAGUCCGGCAUCUGGUCUAUUGAUACCUGAGCAGAACGACCAAGCUGGCAUCAGAGAUACCCAUAGUGACCGCCAACACGCUACACCAGGGCCGUCUCCGGGUAGCGAAGUUCCCGAACUCUAUCAGCGGGUACUCCCCGAACACCAGCCGGUGUCUACUCCUCAUUUUCAAGCUUUAUCAUCACAUCAAAGAAGAAAUUCUAAUGCCCGAAUUCGCACCUCCUCCGUUUCGAAGACCCAGGCCAAGGUCGUUUCUGAGCCCCUAGUCGAGUCUAUUGGAGAUGAGACGGGACCCCUUUCUCCUGGAAUUCACACUACACAACCAGAGAAGGGGUCGAAAGGACUAGUUCGGCCUCCAUCAACUAUAGCGCGAGCUACCUCGCCAGCAGCGGAUAGUGACAUUCAUACAAUAGUAGAAAGGAAGAUUUCGGAACCUUCGAGUCCCCAUUCUCACAUGGAUGAGCAUUGUCCCCAGAUGGAUGGCGUCAACGGAGAGGAGACUUCGAGCAGCGCCGGAACUACGCGAUCAAUAGAUACGCCAGACGAAAGCCAUGAAAGUCACGAUGGCCUAGCAGCCAAUGAAGAGGUCGAGUCGACAUCUGAACUAGAUAGCUACCUACCACAGUCUCUAUCACGUCUAAAUCUCCAAGCUAUAGACUUCAUAUGCGAUGUCCUUCAGGAAGAUGCCACCUUGGAAAGACAUCUUCUCACACCACCAACCAUUAGUGGAUCUGGAAGACGCUCGUCUAAUCAGCUUAAGUCGUGGAAGAGAAAACGAAAAUCGCAAACUCUAUACCCCCGGGAUUUGAAAUUACAAUGGAAGUUAUUUGUCGAGCAGAGUAUAUUUCACGUAUUAAGUGACCCUCAAGCUUUAUUGGACUCGUUUACCAAUUCCAAUGGCAUGGUGGACUCGCAAACAUUGUGGUAUUGUAUGUUACGCUUGACAAGGGUAGCGCCUAGCUUGGUCUUUGAUAGUCUCUGGAUGGCUCUAGCAGGACUUUUUGCACCGCCAAGGGCCCUACAGUCCAUGAGAUCGCCGAUAAUGAAGGUAUUCUCUGGGCCUGGAUCUCAAAGGUCCUUCACGAAUGAAGAGGCUGCGUCACUUAUGUCUGUAUGCUUCCACGCGUUGGUAGCUGCAGCUCCGCUAGUGACCGACGCGAGACGAUUAAAUGAUAUGUCUCGCAUCAGGGCUCAUGGGUUGUCGCUAGCGGGCGGUGGUGCUGUGGCGAGGCAACCGAUGUCCUUGUGCCUGCAAUACGAGGACACUUUCACAGACGACAUGGCUCUUCGAUUAGCGAGAAGAUUGCUGAGGGUUAUUCCGACUCGACGGCAUUUCGACGAGUUAAUUGAGCUUGACUUGGACUCGGAGGACGAUGAAAAAGAAAAGGACGUCUUGGAGAUAUUACUUUCAUAUCUCGAAUCUCCGGCACAGUCAGCAAUAAACUUCUCAAAAGCCGAGCGAAGUAUGCACGAAAGGAGGAUACCGAUCCUGCUCUUGGAUUGGGCGAGAGCUGUAAUGCUUCACGAGUGGGAGGGAAAGCCUGACGUUUCCGGAGAUGGUCCGUUCGGCGGUGCUCUCUCUCUCAUUGCGGCUAUGUACCAGAAACGUCAGUCGCUCCUCUUAGGUGAUGUCCAUUUCCGCUGCGAGUACUUCGGUGAUCGUCUUGAUCCCAUUCAAAUGCCAGUUGCUUGGUUGUCAUUCACCUCUACCAAGCGGAGGGUUCAUCUUCUGGACUAUCCUUACCUUUUCAACCCGACGUCUUUAGUGUCAUACUUUAGGGCUAUCAAUUUUUCUCGCAUGAGCCGUUCCUACGAGGGAUCUAGUUCUUUACAAAGUCGAAUCCGCGCAAUUAUUGACACCGACAGCCUCGUUACGGAGACGCAUCAAAAGAAUGUCCUUCAAGACCUCUUAAAAGUACCUGCCUCUAAAUACUUGAUCUUGGAUAUUAGCCGCAAGAAUGUCCUUCGGGAUGCUUUUGACCAACUUUGGCGACGCGAGGAACGCGAAUUGAUGAGACCGUUGAAGGUCCAUCUCGGAGAAGAUUCUGGAGAAGAGGGGUUUGACUCUGGGGGCGUGCAGCAGGAGUUUUUCCGCCUUGCUGUUGCUGACGCUCUGAAUCCGGACUACGGUGCCUUCACUAUAGACGAGAGAACGCGGAUGACCUGGUUUCAGCCUGGCUCCAUGCAACCCGACUGGAAGUUCGAGCUUAUCGGCAUGCUCAUAUCAUUGGCCGCUUAUAAUGGGCUCACUUUACCUAUCACAUUCCCAAAAGCCUUGUAUCGCCAACUUCUGGGAGAACCGGUUACCGAACUACAUCACAUCGCGGACGGAUGGCCGGUACUGGCCAACGGACUUACGAACCUCCUCGAGUGGAACGAAAAGGACGGUUCUGUGGAAGAUGUAUUCGUCCUUACCUACGAAUUUUCUACGUCAAUGUUCGACCAGCCUAUCACUCGCGAGAUGGAUUCGUCGCGACGGACAUCCUGGCCUCAAUUCCCCGCACACCCGGACUCCAACCCCUUACCCGCAGACAAUCCACACGAUGCAGCGCCCGUGACCGGUGACAAUCGCAACGCCUACGUUAGCGACUACAUCCGGUACCUAACUUACGUGUCGGUGGCGCCUCAGUUUGACGCCUUCGCGCGCGGGUUCCGCACAUGUCUAAAUUCAAAAUCGCUGAAGUUGCUGACGCCGUCGAUGCUCCAGAACAUUGUCGAGGGCACACAGGACAUCGAUGUGGGCGAGCUGAGGCGUGCGGCAAGGUACGUGGGCUGGGACGCUUCGCACCGCACCGUGCGCGACUUCUGGAGUAUCGUUAAGAGAUAUGACGAUCGUAUGCGCCGCAAGCUUCUCGAGUUCGUCACUGCAAGCGACCGCGUCCCAGUAGGAGGGAUGGCGAAUAUUCAGUUCGUGGUCCAGAAGAACGGCGAGGAGGGCGAGGGAGGUCAUCUGCCUACCGCGUAUACGUGCUACGGGACGCUGUUGUUGCCAGAGUACCGAGAUAAGGAGGUCUUGCGCGAACGUCUCGCUAUGGCACUUGAGAAUGCACAGGGGUUUGGAUUUGCGUAGGUGAACUAAGGUACACUACAAUAGGGGAGGUGAUGUGUGGGCAGUCGAAGUGAAGGAUCCAACGAAUGCUGUGGAAAUCGCGGGAUACAGCUUCUGGAAUACAUGAUGGAAGGAUAACCCCGGACAACCAAAAAUAAAAUAAAAUAAAUAAAUGGAAAAGUGUUGAGAUAGCAAAUGAGUAGGAUUCGCGAUAGGAGCUGGAAACAGUAGUUGGGAGACGGAGACGGGUCACAGGACGCCAGCUCCUAUCUCGGUCAGCCGUCGUUGACUUUCGUAUAUAUCAUCACCCUCGGGUCGGAAUGGAAUGGAAUAUCGGGAUGGCGGUUCAAAUUCAAGGGUACUUUCUAUUUCUAUUGUUUUUCAACCCUCACGUACACACAACACGCACUCACGUCAUCCUACCCCUUCACAAAACAUUAAAUUAGGUAGGGUACGUCAUCUGGGUGCCCUUACUUACCUACUGCCUACACUUGUAGGUACCCGCUCGCGAUUCUUGUUAUACUAGAUAUCUGUCGUUUUAUUCGUUUUUAGCGUUCUCGCGGUACUAAAAGUUAGGGAGCGGUCGCUUUCGGCUUCGGCUCAAAAUAUACACACAUAUAAAUAGUAGGC